AUGCUCCGGAAGAGCUUUGUCGACACCCGGAUCAGCAUGCUGAAUAACAUCAAAUGCUUCGGGCCAGCCAGGGCCACCCAGCUCGUCGACGCUUUGAGGUGUGAGCCGUGCGGCGCAGAUCACACCAAACGAAUCAUGUCUAUCAUCGACGCCAAGGUCGCCCAGAGCAGCGGCUCCAUAAAGCCCGAGGGCUCCAAUAGCAAGCAGUUGCUUAAGGAGUGGUGGUCGUACUUAAGGAAAUCGCACUGGGAAGUGAUCAAUGACCCCGAGAUUUCGCUGAACCGCAAGGUGACGACAAUGGUCGAACGCGGUAUGGCGGUUGGUUGUAUUGAGCCUUCUGAGCAGACGUACAAGUGGGCCCUAGCAACGUUGCUUGUCACGCAUUACGACACCCCACCCGGGCCGAAGAAGGUGCACAGCAUGUUGGCCGCCUACCCUGGCGAUGAUCAGCCAAGCAAGAUUGAGCUCAAGGGCAUAAAUGCAGCCGCUGACAAGAUAUCGCUGCGCUCCGCCAGAGGGGCCCUCGUUCCAUCACCGGACGACCCGUACGAGAUGGGAUUGUUUUACGAGUACCAGCAAAAGUUGCUUGACCACCGCAAAGAAAUAAGCCAAGCGGCUGCGCAGGGCCUUCCAGCGCCUCACAUGGAAUCCGAGCAGCGAAGCAGCUCGGCUAUCCACCGCGCGGCUGAUGGGGCGCUAAAGGUGCAACCAGCCUUCAAACAUGAGCCGCGUGUCAAGCGUGAGCCAGAAGCGAAGCGUGAGGAGCAAGACGCUGAGGAGCAAGACGCUGACAAGGGUGGGCGCGGCACCGCCGAUGAUGACGACGGACCGCGCGAAGAGGACUUGGACCCCCGCACCCGCGCUGCGAUCCUUGCCCUCAAGAAGCGCAAAGCCAAGGCGAAGGAAGAAACGAAGGCGAAAGCCUUUGCUAAGAAGGGAGCUGCUGACGCAGCAAAAGAAACCACGACACUGGAGGUCAAGGCUGAGGCGCCACCACGGAAACGCCCAGCAGCAGCAGCUGUUGCCGUCAAGCACGUGAAGGCUGCGAAGGUCGAGCCUGCCGAGGCUGCAAAGGGCGGGGGCAAGUCCAGGGAUGCCGACUUGAAGCCGGUCCUGAAGUCUAAAAGCAUGGGCGCUAUGCCGUCGUUGCCAAAGGAUGGUUCGACCCCCCCGCCAGUGGCCUACAAGCAGGGAAUCAUCUACGCUAGCGUCAAG